AUGAGAGUCGAACGUCGACUGUUCUCCGGCGCCAACCGUUCUCGCGCUCCAUAUAAAAGCCUUUCUCCUUGUCUCCCUAGGGUUCCAAGCGGCGGCGAGAGAGCGGCUUCGGAUCGGUCAGGGCCGUCUGGAGAGGAGGGGGAGACGAGGACCGUGGUGAAAUUUCUGAAGCCGAACAAGGCGGUUGUCGUUCUGCAGGGCCGGUUCGCUGGCCGGAAGGCGGUGAUCGUGCGGGCCUUCGACGAGGGCACGCGGGAUCUGGCCUAUGGGCACUGCUUGGUGGCCGGCAUCGCCAAGUACCCGAAGAAGGUGAUCCGUAAGCACUCGGCGAAGAAGACGGCUAACAAGUCGCGCGUUAAGGCGUUCCUGAAGCUGGUCGAGUUCAGCCACAUCAUGCCCACCCGCUACACACUCGACGUCGAUCUCAAGGACGCCGUCACCCUCGACUCUCUCCAGUCCCGCGAUAAGAACGUCGCCGCCUGCAAGGAGACCAAGGCUCGCCUCGAGGAGCGCUUCUAGACCGGCAAGAACCGGUGGUUCUUUACGAAGCUCAGGUUCUAAACCCAUCUAGCCUUCUUUAGUUCGAUCCCUAGCGUUGCUAUUUUCGUUUGUCGAGACCUGCGAG